UGCAAACACAGUUCAAAUAUAUAAAUUGUAGGAACUUACUGCAGCUUUGAGGUAACUUUAUGAACAGCCUAUGAGCUGUAUUUAAUGAUGCAGCAGAGUAAUCAAUUUACUACAGGUGAGAAGAUAAAACCGGCUCAGCUGGAUAUAAUACAGGUGGAAAAGAUAUAAACAGCCUUGACCACUAGAAUGCAUUCAUUUUUUGUUUAUAAGUUCAGUCUUGUUUAAUGUCUCUUUGCAUUCUUAAGUACUGAGUUGCUCUAAGGGAGAGUCUACCUAUUGGUAUGCUUUAUACUAGUGAAAAAAACACUUCAUUGACCCCUGAGGCAAUUUCUAAAACCUGGCGUGGUUUGUUGUUUCAUUUGUAUGCUGUCAAUGCAUUAAUGAUCCUGCCUAAUUGAGGGAACAGAAGAGCAGAAGAUCAAACAUGUAACUGCUAGUGAAGUCUUUGUUUGUAUUUAGGAAAAAAGAAGAGUCCUCUUAUUUUAUUGAAUUUAACUGGAAGUCAUUGAUUUAUUUCUCCAUGGUUCCGGACUGCCUGCUGAUUCUAAGUGACCAUUGUGCGGGGAAGCAUCGUAGGACUAGAUGGCUACAUCUCAGGGAUUAUCUCAGACUUGAACAAGAUUUCAGUGACCAGUUCCAAUUCUUUACGUAAAACAAGUCCCUCAGCAAGGAAGAGGGCCCAGUCUUUGGGCCGACUGGGGGAGGUCAAGGAGGAAGACCGGUACGAGUAUCAAGAUCUGAGCAUGAUGGGAAAAUAUGACUGGCAAUUCAGUUGGAAGGACCGAUCUCGAGAAUUCGAGAGCGAAAGCGGGAGUCCACAUCUUUUUCCAAAACAAAAUGCUUAUCGACCACCCAAUGGGUUGCUGACUAGGGCCAAGUCAACUUUUGAGGUGUACAAACCUUCUUUAGUGGACCAUAGGCCACCAAGCAGCCUCUAUCGAGGUUUGUCCAAACAUAAUGAGCUUGUGGUCUCCACAGAAAGACUAAACUCUAUACAACCUGCUAUGGUGAGGAGGGAGAAGCCUGCAAGAAGCAAUGUCCCAGAAAAGAGACCCGUUUCCUGCUUUCUCAAUCCGGCUAGUCCCUGGCUUGGCGGAAAAAACCAGGCCAGUUCAGGCCCCAGUACCCCAGAGCUGACUCCAAAGGAAAGGCUCUUGAGUAGGACACUGAACAGCCCUGGGAGACCACUGUCUUCAUAUGACAUGAAGACAGAUGUCAAUUUCCGACAACAUCUAGAUUUUCGUCCAAAUGGCACCAGUAGCCCUCUUAUUGCUCUGACAAGGACUCAUAGGCCAGCUAGACCUGUUUCCAGUUAUACCAUGAGACAUUCUCCAACUGUGGUCCCUAAUUAUAUGGCGACAAAUAUCUCUCAGAAAUCAGCUGGCAGCCCCAAGCCUGCAACCCAGCGGCAGGAUAGUCCUUCUCAGGUCCGGCCUUCUCCAACAGGGUCCCCUAAUAUCAGGCCACCACAGACUAGCUCCCCAUUUCUCAGGGCCACACAGAAUGGCUCUCCUAGCCCCAAAUCACCUCCUCAAGAUGCCCCCAAAGUGACGCAUGAGCAGUUUAAGGCUGCUCUCAAGAUGGUGGUAGACAAGGGGGACCCUAGAACAUACCUGGAGAACUUUGUCAAAAUUGGGGAAGGUUCUACGGGGAUUGUGUGCAUCGCUAGGGAAAGACACACCGGACGUCAAGUGGCUGUGAAAAUGAUGGACCUCCGGAAACAGCAAAGAAGAGAGCUGCUGUUUAAUGAGGUUGUUAUAAUGAGAGACUACCAGCAUAGAAAUGUAGUGGAGAUGUACAAAAGCUACUUGGUGGAAGAAGAACUGUGGGUCAUAAUGGAAUACCUGCAGGGUGGAGCUCUCACCAACAUUGUAUCUGAAACCAGGCUGAAUGAGGAGCAGAUUGCCACAGUGUGUGAGGCAGUGCUGCAGGCCAUGUCCUACCUCCAUUCCCAGGGAGUGAUCCACCGAGACAUCAAGAGUGACUCCAUCCUCCUUGCCCUCGAUGGACGGAUCAAACUAUCAGACUUUGGGUUUUGUGCACAGAUCAGUAAAGACGUGCCAAAGAGGAAGUCCCUGGUGGGAACCCCAUAUUGGAUGGCACCAGAAGUCAUCUCCAAAACACCGUACGGGACAGGGGUGGAUAUCUGGUCUCUGGGGAUCAUGGUGGUGGAGAUGGUGGAUGGAGAGCCUCCCUAUUUCAGUGAUGAUCCAGUGCAGGCCAUGAAGCGCCUUCGAGACCAGCCCCCUCCCACAGUGAAGAACACACACAUGGCCUCGCCGGUUCUUAAGGAUUUCCUGGGUCGGAUGCUGACCCGCGAUCCAUUGCAGAGAGCGACCGCCAUGGACCUCCUGGAACACCCAUUCCUGCUCCAGACAGGAACCUCACGCUGCCUCAUCCCCCUUAUUGAGAAGUACCGUAAACGCAUGUCAACCUGCUGAUAAAAGGGAGAAGCUCCCCUCACCAGCAGUCACUACAGGGGCAAGUUUGCUGCCUUCUGUAGUUACAGGGGCAAGAUUGAAGCUCUCUCUGAUAUUGCCAGACACCCCAAAGUCUUGCUGAGCCAAUGUCAAGGACAAGCAGACAGAUAGAGAAAGAGAGCAAAUGGCACUUGUAGCAACAUUACUCUUGACAGCUUCAACCAAGAAGGCAGAAUUUAUUUAGAAAAAUACCAUGGGUGAUAUACUUGGAGUACUAUUAAUUGCAAGUCUUAUUAAAUCAUGCUGUGCUGCUGUGCUAGGAGUCUUUGAGGAGGCAUAAGGAAUGGUGCUAAUCCCAGGAUUACUGCUUCCACUACAGCAAAUAUCACCUCAUAAACUGACAUGGGGAAUCCAAGUGGUUAUCUGCAAUAUUGAGCACCUCGAGUUAAGCAAAGAGAUCUUUACAGGGCGGGCGUGAAGCUGGGAAAUGGACAUUGCAGGAACAAGCUCUCCCUGCCUGUGGAAAAAAACACUGCUGCUUUCUGGGGCAUUGACAUUCACAGUAUCCAGUAUCUAGUUUCUGUUUAUCCCCACUUAGAGCAUCUCAAAGCACUUUACUGGUGUAUUACAGUUCUGGACAAAGUCCAGUGGCUGCAGUUAGGCAGAAUCAAAUGCCGGUUGUGAUUGCGUUUUUAGGGAUGUGCACCACAACUCUCAAUUCAAUUCUCAUUUCAAAUAGUUUUGAGAGAUCAAGACAGCCAGUGUCCUGCAUAGGGCAGCAGUGUGGAGUAGUGGUUAGGGUUCUGGACUCUUGACCGGAGGUUCGUGGGUUCAAUCCCAGGUGGGGGACACUGCUGCUUUACUCUUGAGCAAGGUACUUUACCUAGAUUGCUCCAGUAAAAACCGAACUGUAUAAAAGGGUAAUUGUAUGUAAAAAUAAUGUGUUAUCUUGUAACAAUUGUAAGUCGCCCUGGAUAAGGGUGUCAGCUAAGAAAUAAAUAAUAAUAAUAAUAAGGA